AUGUCAUCCCGCAAAGUCCGAGUCAAGAAGUUGACUAUCAAAACCGCUCUCCCUGUGCUCAGAGAGGAUCAGAUCGAUGCUACUGAGUAUGAAUCACUGCUUACCGAGUCGCAAAUCGCGACCGGAGUCGACCAGACUGAGGAAAAUGAAUAUCAUCUUCAGUCAAUCCUAAAAGAGGCGGGAACAAGCAAUGAUCAAGAAAUCCCCGUACCGCCUCCAAAAGAGAGUGACAUCAGCUAUGAUGCUCUCUAUCCCGCAAUCUUUCACAAACCUUCCUCUUAUAUCCGAUUUUCUCAGACAGUUGAGGAAUGUAUUAGCUGUCAAUAUGACAUGACAACCGAAGACGAUGAGUUUCUCAAAUCUUAUAAUAGUAAUCCGCCGGCCGGCGCCGGGGCUCUCAGUGAGGAUGACUUUGAACGCAUCAUGGAAGUGUUUGAGGACACCGCAACCGAGCAGACUCCAUUCGCAGCCGUUGACAACACUGUUGUCGGCUACGAUAUGAUGGUACCCGGACUCAAUCAGCUUGGCUCUACAAACAUAUUGCUGCACGCCAAGCAGAUAUACGAGUACUGGAAAUCCAAGCGGCAGGAGCAAGGAAAUAAACCACUGCACGCAACCAUCAAGUUUGAGACGCAUCAGGAGACUGAUGAUACUGACCCAUACGUCUGCUUCAGACGGCGGGAGGUCAGACAAACAAGGAAAACAAGGUCUAGAGAUACCAAGAUCGCCGAGACGCUCAAGCGUUUCCGUCGCGAGCUCGAGGAUGGCCGUCAACUAGUACUGAUGGCGUACGAGCGAGAGAUGAUGAAACGAGAUUUAUUGCAAGUGGAUCGGGCUAUUUUCGAGGAAAGAGCUCGAUUGAAGCAAAUCAAGACAAAGCUGGGCAUCAAGGGCGACGACGAAGACCUAGUAAACCAAAAGCAGUCUCAGAAGCGCAAGCCUGCAGAAGCUGCCGGAGCUCAGCGGCCGCCCACACAAGUGCGGGUGCCGGUGCGGCCAGAUGGGCGUUCACACGAACAAGAUCUUGUGUUGCUCUCUGACCAGCUCGCCGAGAAAGAGAACGAGCUUCGUAAUGAAAUUGAAACCAAGGUGCAGAACCACCGAAGGUGGAACCAGAAUCAUAUUGAUCUCACUCGAGAUCCGCUAUCGCCGGUCAAAGAAUUGGGCAUGGAGCUCAAGUUCAGACCGGCCAAGACUCAAUAUCUAAUGACGCCGCCGGCGUCAAAUUCUGCAGAGUCAAUGGAUAUUGACGACGCACCUGAGCCAAUGCAAUUGGACAAACCGGAACUUCCCGUGUUCCAAUUCCGCGGCGCAGACUUUGGCGAGACGCCGCAAAACAGCCAGCCCGCGUUUCGACGUCGCAUUGGCCGACUACAACGGCUCUGGAUCGAUCGGAGGGGUCUAUCAACACCCGCGCGGACAGAUACGUACGAGUACUCUGACCGGUGGAAGUAUGACUCUGACGACGAAGAUGAUGAACCGCUUGUGUAUGAGGUUGAUCCCUUUGACACGCGAGCGCUCAAGUUCAGAGCCACAAUUCCACUCAGUCCAUAUAUCUUCCGGGGGAGGCCAACGGUCCCUCCAGAGGCGGUUAAUGGCGUAGCGAAUGGAAAUAGGGUGUUACCACCACCACCACAAGCGCCGCCACAGCCGCCGCCGCCGCCGCAACUUGCAGUUCAGCAAGCGCAGGCGGCGUCAUAA